AGCACGCUUGCGCGUUAACUGUGCCUAUUAAACUAUACAGUGCUCGUAUGCGCAGAAUGACGGAAAAUUCGUCGUUUGAGAAGUAUGAUCUUUCCUGGAACAAAUAAUUUGCAGUUUUCGUAUCUUGUUUCAAAAGGAAUGAGGAUAACAAAUAAUACGUUUCAGUAAUAGUUACGUGUGACUGGCGAAAGAAUUUUAUCAAUCCGUUUAUAAGUAUGGGAUGUUGUUACAGUUUUUGUAAAGAAGACAGCGGUCCGCAGAGUGGGGAAGUAAAUGAAAGGACACAUUUGUUGGUAGAUCCUGUUAGUAAUAAUACAAAUAUACCUAGAGUACACAGUGAUGAUUAUGUUAACCAGUAUGCAAGUUCAGCACCUAAAAAAACAGAUGAACAAAGUGCAUUAAAUAGAAUUUUACAUGAAACAGCUGCUAAUGUGAUAGAUGUUGCAGCAUUAGAUUCACAUAAUUUGGAACAACAUGAAUAUAUGGAUAGAUCGCGUGCAUAUUCUAAACGUAUAGAGGCUGGAGGUAUUAAAGUCCCUGAUAGCACAUCUUGCCUACUUAAAGAUAUUCCUGCUCCAGAAAAAGUAUUAGCUGCUGAUCCUCUUUCUGCUGGGGAUCAUGGGCUGAUCACAGAAAUGCUCAACAAGGCUGUGACAGCAUUAGGAGAUGUAAAAGUUGAACACAAGGAGGACUUAGUGGUCCCCUUCCUAUCGUGAUCUUAUAAUAUUUCCUCAGCAAGACUGCAUCUUGCUUGAGAGAAAUCCUUAUAUUACAUGACAAAAACAUAUGCAUCUUACCAAAAUCAAUUUUUGAUAAAUUAGGUCUGAAUUCAUUGCAGAAUAUAUCAACAUAAAUAUCCAUUAUGCAUUGUGAUGCAGUGUAUUAUAAAUGAAAGUUCAGGCCCUAUUUCUUAAUAACUAUAUAUUAAUGUCCUGACAAUGUCUAAAUAAUACUAUAAGAUUGUUUUGAAAUGGUAAGAUUUAAGAUAUUUUCAAAAGACCAGUUUCUAACAAAAGAACUGACUUUGGUAGUGCUUUCCUGUAAUUUAUACACAAUACUGUAAAAAGUUAUUUCACUGUUAUUAAAUUUCACUAAGGUGUAUACUGGAAAACGAGUAAUACAAAUAAUAUAAAAGGCUAUUUUGACAUAGUUUAAUAAAUACAAUUGUCACACA